AUGGAGGUUUUCAAUGGCAUGUGGAAGAUCACGGAGAAACAGAGAAGCAUGGCGAUGCCCAUUAAGAACCGUAUGGAGCAUCUGGCGGAGUGCGUCGACGCACUUCGCCAAGCUAUGCGGGCCAGCCACGCUAUUCUCACGCACCUUCCCCGUACAUCCGAGCCAGCCGAAGUGCCGGUCAGCGCGCGCAAGCGGCCGCUACCCCUCGUGCCCUCCUCACCCGAGGAGGACGUGCAGAGACGCGAGGAGAAGUCCGCCCCGGCUACCGAAACUUGGGCCACCGUGGCAGGCAGGAGGAGGAAGAAGAAGGGGAAAGGGACCGAGGACAAGGAGCUUUCGAGGAGCACCUCAAAAGGUGUCCCUAGGAGCACUCCGAAGGCUGCCCUUAAGAGCGUCCCUAAGGCUGCCCUGGUGGCUGGGGAUAAAUCCACCCCGAAAAAGCCCGGGUCAACGCCAGGCAAGGUGGGCACAGACAAGCUCGGAGCACCUCCGCCGAAGCUUGCUAAAGGCAAAAAGCGGAGGACGAGAAAACGGCGGCGCAGGCCGAAGCGCAGCGCCGUCGUCGUGCAGCCGGCCGCCAGGAAGUCCUACGCGGACGUCCUAGGGAAAAUCCGGCGGGAGGUGCGACCGGAAAAGACGGAGACGGAGUUCCGUCAAAUCCGAAAGAUCCAGGGGGGCGGUGUCCUUUUGGAACUGGCGCGCUGUAAAGAUCAGCGCGCUCUUCAGGAGGCCAUCAAAGCCGCCAUGGGGGACGAUGCGGAGGUCCGGACUCUGGUGCCGCGCAUGCGCGUCGAGAUUUGCGACCUCGACUGCUGCACGACCGGCGAGGAGGUGUGA